AUGAAAACGAGUAUGCAGCGUCGUACUGUACCUCGUACCGAUCCACGAUAUGGUCAAUUGCGUACACGUAAUAAUGUGUCAGUAAAAAAAUCUCGUGAAAAAUCACGUAAAGAACACGAUGAAACUGUUCAACAUAUUGACGCAUUGCAAGGUGAAAAUGAAGAAUUAAUGAGAAAAGUUCAAUCACUGAAGCAAGAAUAUGAACAGUUACAAGCAUUAUUUAAGGAACAUACAGGAAUUGCGAUCAAUGAAUUACUCAAUGAACAAACACAAACAGGAACAUCAUGUUCCGAAAACACACUCCAUCCACAAGUUUUAAACUCAACGAAGUCGACUUUAGAAUCUACGCCAACCACUAAUAACGUAAUGCAUGAUACCUUUGAAAUAAAACCUGGAAAAGUUGAAGAUCAACAACCUUUACUUUCAAUAAAUAUUGAUCAACCUAUAAUUCAACAAGCAGAUCACCCAUCUCCGUCUAUAACUGCGCCAGAUUUUGACGGAGCUAUAUUAAUGAUUAACGGAGUACAAUAUAAAAUUGUUAAUAUCAAUCAGAAAUAA